AUGAAGACUGAAUCUAUUCCUAGAAAAAGGAGAUCGCGCAGGAGACGCAGUGGAGGAAGUGAUUCAGUAGAGAGUACUCUUGAGAAGUGGAAGGAGUACAAUAAACAGCAACAACAACUAAUCCUAAUCAGUGAAAGAGAUGAGGUUGAAGUAAUUCACAAGGUUCCUAAAGGAUCGAAAAGAGGGUGUAUGAAAGGCAAAGGUGGACCACAGAAUUAUGAUUGCAAGUUCAGGGGUGUGAGGCAGAGGAUUUCGGGCAAAUGGGUUGCGGAAAUCCGCAAACCUAUCAAUAGCAAGCGUGUUGGUGAAGAAGCAAACAGGCUUUGGCUUGGAACCUUUUCUACUGCACUUGAAGCUGCUCUUGCUUAUGAUGAAGCAGCAAGGACCAUGUAUGGCCCUGGCGCUCGUUUGAACUUCCCUCAGCAUCAUGGCAUAGAAUUAGUAGGUUCUAAUGGAUCAUCUACUAAUCCAGUAUUUGAUCAGAAAUCACCAAGUGAAACCUAUAUAGAUACUUUGAAUGGUGGUGAUGUUGCAAAAGUUGACGGGUUGGAGGGGAAUCUUGAUAUGGGUCUCGAAGAACAACUCAAGUUUUCUGAGGCAAAUGAAUUAUUGGAGAUGGAAUGUGAGGGAGGAAUUCUUCAAGGGCCAUUUAAGUAUGUAAAGGACGAAGUUACUGGAGGAAGUGAAGGACUAGAAGGAGAGUUAGAGGAGGUUUUGAAGAACUCUGGUUUAGUCGAAGAGUGUAAUAAUUACAUGCUAGAGGAUUCGAUGUGCAUUGCUAUGAAUACAGGAGCUGAUUAUAACUCUUGUGAUGCUGCUGAACAGGGGAUUAUGGAGAAGAGUGGAGUGGAAAAUUAUAAAUCCUGUAAUGAGUUGAGCUGCACAAACCAUUGCUUUGAAGAGUGA